AUGUCAACAGGAAAUUUACUAUCUGGAAAUGUUUCUAAUAUUAGACCACCAUUCAAAAAACAACCUUCAAAUUAUGGUUCUGGAUAUCCUCAUAAUAUGGCUGUAAUUGUUGCUCCAACAAAAAUUGAUUAUUCAGUAACUAAAGGUGGUCUAAAAACGUGGGCCGUUUUAGUAACAUUUAUUAUAUUAUGUUUUACAAUGGGAGCAAUUAUUAGUGAAGUUGAAGAUGAUGAUUAUGAUAAUAGAGAUGUUAAUUCUUUUAUGGCAGCAAUAAAUGAAAAUGAAGAAAUGGAUAAUAUUGUUUCUGGUCCAUCUGUAAUAGCUGAAGAUGUUGUAGUAGAACAGGUACCAACAAGUAUGGAUGAUGAGGAAGAAAAUAAAGAUAUUAAUUUAGAAAUUCAAUUGUUCAAAAAUUUACAAAAAAAAAUUGAAAAAAAUAAAAAAUAUAGGUAUGAUAAAGUAAAAGAAAAUGUUAUACAAUUUAAUGAAAAUGAUAAAAAUAUUGAAAUUGAUAAAAAAAAUUAUGUAAAAUCAAACAAACAAGAACGUUAUACAGAACAACAUAAUAAAAAUAUAGUAAAUAAUGAUGAUGAGGAUAGUAUAAAUUUUAAUAAAAAUGAAAGAAAGAAAAAAAAGAAAAUUUUUGAUGAUAAAGAAGAUGAAAAAGAAGAUGAUCAAUUAAAUAAAAAAAUAGAAGAUAACAAUCAUAAAGAAAAUAAUAUGGAUAAUUUAGAAACAGAUUUAAAAUUUAAUUCUGAAAUACCAAAAAAAUAUAAACAAUUAGUUUGUAAAGAAGUUGAGGAAGAAACUGAAAAUAUUGAAAAUGAAGAUAAAGAUAUAGAUGAAGAUAAUGAAGAAGAUGUUAUUCGUAAAAUAAAAAAUAAAGGUCCUACAAGAAAUAAAGCAACGCUAUUACGUAAAAAAAAAUUACUUGAAAUAUAUUAUGAAAAAAGACCAAGAAAAAGUUUAUUAAAAAAAAAUCGUCAUUUAAAUAAAUUUUAUACAAAAAAUAAUAUUUAUAAUGAAGAUGAUGACGAUGAUGAUGAUGAUGAAUUUAUAAAUGAUAAAAGUGAUGAAGAUAAUUUAAUAAAUAAAAAAAAACUUGAACAUAAAAAAUCAUAUGAAAUAUCAUCAAUAAAAAAGUCAAAAUAUAUAGGAAGUUUGAAAAAAUUAUAUACAAAUAAAAAAGAUCAAAAAUUUCGUUCAAAAUUAGAUGCUGGAGAUUUAUUUAUUGAAAAACAUGAUUUUGUAAAUGGUGAAGCUAUGUAUAAUGAAGUAUUAAAAUUGUAUCCAGAAAGUCCACGUGCUCAUUAUGGAAGAGGUCGAUUAUAUGAAAUAAGAUCUGAAUUUGAAAAUUCAAAUAAUUUAAUGGAUCAAGCAAUGUUAGAAUAUCAAAUAAUUCUUGAUAAUGAUGAAGCAACUGAUGCAAUGUAUAAAGAAGCAUCUGAAAGUUUAAUUAGAUGUGCACGAUUUAGAGGAAAUCUUCAUAAAGUUUUAAAUGUUCAAAGAAAUAUGAUUGAUAGAGAUCCACAAAAUUUAAAUUUACAAAAUGAAUUUGGAAUAACAUUUCUUAUGAUGGGAAGGCAUGAAGAUGCUAAAAAAAUUUUUCUUAAUGUUAUAAAUGAAAAUUCUAAUAAUUCAAAAGCUUUAGCUUAUUAUGGAUAUAUAUUAAAAGUUUUUGAUAAAGAUAUUGUAAAUGGAGUCUUUCAUAUGAAAAAAAGUAUUUUAAAUGGUGAUUUAGAGCAUAAUGAUUCAAAAUUUUUUUAUCAUUUAGGAGAUGGUUUGAUGCGUCUUGGAAGAAGACAAGAAGCAUAUAAAAUUUAUGAAAAAGGUGCUGAAUUAGGGUUAUUUUUAUCAACAUAUCAAAGAUCAAUAUAUAAUAUAGUUGGAUUGACAGCAAAACCAUGGUGGAAUGUUGAAAAUAGUGGUUGCAUUAAAAGUUUAAAAAGUAUUGAAAAACAAUGGGUGUUAAUAAGAGAAGAAGUUUUUAAUGUAUGGAAAGAACAUUCAGAUAUGUUUUUACCAGAAGAACAUCAUUUAACAGAUGGAUCUCAAAAAUAUCUUCCACUUUUGAAUUAUGGUAAAAUUAUAGAAAAUAAUUGUUUAUUAACUCCAAAAACUUGCGCAAUACUACAAAAAUAUAUUAAGAAUGAAAAAUGUUUUAAAGAUAAUUCAAAAAUAUCAGUUCUUCAAUCUCAUACAACUGUUUGGCCUCACUGUUCAACUACAAAUCAUAAACUUAUUGCUCAUCUUUGUUUAUUAACAUCAUCUGAAGCUAGAAUAAGAGUUGGUAAUGAAACAAAAGGAUGGAAAAAUGGUAAAUUUAUAAUAUUUGAUGAAAGUUUUGAACAUGAACUUAGUUAUGAAGGAGCAGCUGCUGGUAAUAAUAGAAUAGUUUUAAGUAUAGAUUUAUGGCAUCCAGAGGUACCAUUAGAACAACGAAAGUUAAUUAUCGAAAAUAGUUAUUAA